GCAACUUGUGUUCAUGACUUCACCAUUGUUGUUUAAGUGGAGUGAAUAAAUCAAGUGUCAAACAGCUUAGAACUUAGGAUUAUUCAGUCAAAUAUGCCUACACGAAUUCAGGUCAAGGUUGUUACAGAACAGAUACUUUAUUUGGAAGAACAUAUACAAGUUCUGGGACCUGUGGUUGAAAGUAUAAAAAAUAUUGUUACAAAAAGUAAGGCGUGGCUAGAAGAAAAAACUGACCAAUCAUCUGUCAGCUACAUCGAGCUAUCACAAGAACUGGACACAGCAGCCACGGCCUUGUUGGAUGUGACGUCACAUAUUUCAGAUGGAGACAACAUGGAUGUCAACAAACCAACGCCAUCUUUACCACAUCCUGACACACAGACAACAGCAACAUUUCUCACAGUAGAAUCAACAAAGCAACUCAAUACAAAAGUCCAACAUACAGCUGUUAAAGAACAUCCUGACCUAGAGCGUAAACUCGCCUAUAUUGAAACAACACUAUCUUCACUACAGGACAUACAACACAAGUCUACAGAUGACAUAUCAGAAAUAAAACAAUGGAGAGACAACUUUGUAACAGAACAGAGUGACGUGGGGAUAAACAUUGAUCAACUGACUAAAAAACAACAUCAGAAUUUUAAAAACCUCAGAAAACAAAUGAGUGAACAAGAUAACAAAGUAAAGGAGCUGAACAAAGAAAUUGAAAGUUUAAAAGAAAAAGAAUCCAAUUCAAACAAAACACUAGAUAUGAAAGAGUACGAAAACAACUUAAACAAAAUAAAUAAAGAUAUGCAAGAUUACACAGACAAAAUAGACAGUAUAACACAAGAAAUUAAAAGACAUUCGGAUCUGAUGGCUGCCCUACAAGAGGAGUGUAAUAAAAUCUUGUGUAAUGCAUCAACUCAAUUAGAAAAGCAAAAUGUAUUGUACAAGCUACUACAACAGAGAUUGAUGCCCAUUGACAGACUGAUUCAAAUCUUUAACCAGAACUUGGAAACUAGGGAAGAAAGAUUUACGAAGCUUGAAUCUAUUGAAGCUACUAUUUCAGUGUUGUCCAAAGAUUUGAAUCUAUUAGAGUCACGUGUAUGUAACAGAUAUGCUUGUUAUGUGACGCUUGAUGAUCCCACACCUGUCAGUGCUGAAUCAAUUAUUUCAAACUUUGAUGAAGUGCAUGAAUAUAACGGGAAACAUUUUAACCAAACAACAGGAAAAUUUGUAUCCCCACAUGAUGGUUUAUAUCUUGUCUGUGUCAGUCUACAUGAAUGGGAAGAGCAACUAAUUGGAGUUGGUGUAAUAGCUGGAGACAUGUGGUGUACGACUAUAGAAGUGAAAUGUGGUGACUCUAGCGCUGCUGGGUCAGUGGUUGUUGACAUGAAGAAAGGUCAAGAACUUUAUCUUAAAGUGUCUCGUGCAGAACAUGGCGCACAAUUAUCCUGCUACAGUAGUUUCACUAUCGUUAGUUUAUAGAAGUACAACAAAAAACAUGGUGGAUGGCAAAUUCUCAAAACAAUAAUAUAUGUAACCACCAUAUUAAACACACGUUAACAACUUAUUAUGUAUGUCGACUACAUGUUUAAAUAUACUAUAAUGGUUUAUAUAUUAUUUGUUUAGUCAUCAUUACACAGUUCCAUAUUCUCUGUAUGUGAGCGCUAGGUGUAUGAUUAAAAUCUUUUGUUUAAUUUUGAUACCUACAUUUUAUGUGUUAAAGAUAAGCAUAUUGUUCUUGUUGAAUAUGUAAUUAAAAUCUAGAACUUUGACACAAAAAAAGAACUAUUUAAAAAACGAAGGCUUGAAUAUGUUUACUAGA